AACACAUCUACCACAGUUACAAAAAAAUCAAAGCAAAACAAAAAUUCUUCAAAUUCUGAAAACUCAUUAAGAUUUAUUAUUCCUUUACUCUGCAAAUAAGAAAAGGAAGAUGAUGUUACCAGAAGCAUGCGUAGCCAACAUCCUUGCCUUCACAUCUCCAGCGGAUGCAUUCUCGUCGUCCGAAGUCUCUUCCAUUUUCCGGUUAGCCGGAGACUCUGAUUUCGUAUGGGAAAAGUUUCUACCGUCGGACUACAAAAGCCUCAUCUCUCAAUCUAUUGAUCACCAUAGUAGUUUUUCGUCUAAAAAGGAGAUUUAUCGAUGUUUUUGUGACUCUCUUCUCAUCGAUAAUGCUCGAAAGCUCUUCAAGAUCAAUAAAUUUACCGGGGAAAUUUCCUACAUUUUAUCAGCAAGAGAUCUUUCCAUAACUCAUAGUGACCACGCAUCUUACUGGUCUUGGAGCAAUGUCUCAGAUUCUAGAUUUUCAGAGUCAGCUGAACUUAUAACAACUGAUCGAUUAGAAAUCAAGGGUAAAAUCCUAACCGGAACUUUGUCACCAAACACAAGCUAUGGAGCAUAUCUCAUAAUGAAAGUCACUAAAGGUGCUUACGGACUAGACCUAGUUCCAGCGGAGACUUCGGUACUAAAAUCAAAGAGUGGUCAAAAUAAUAAGAACACAACUUAUUUGUGUUGCUUGGAUGAGAAGAAACAACAAAUGAAGCGGUUGUUUUACGGAAACCGAGAAGAGCGAAUGGCGAUGACUGUGGAGACGGUAGGCAGAGACGGGAAAAGGAGAGAGCCGAAAGGUAGAGACGACGGGUGGUUGGAGAUUGAGUUAGGAGAGUUUGAGACACGAGAAGGAGAAGAUGGUGAGGUCAUGAUGAGUCUCACGGAGGUGAAAGGAUAUCAACUUAAAGGUGGAAUUGUGAUUGAUGGUAUUGAAGUGAGACCUAGGGAUCAAGAUGAGUAUAGUAUUAAAUGAACUAACUAGGAUUAAAGAUUCAACCGGCGGUGUAACAUAAUCUAUAGUGCAAUUUACUUUUGUGAAUAUAUUAUUAUUUUUAAA